AUGGACUUACGACAAAGCGAAAUAAUCCAGGAUUUUGCACAAAAAGAAACUCGGCCUGUCAGUAUGUCAGUUUUCGCCACUUUAGACCCAGAAUUAGGCCAAGAAACCUAUAAAAAGGACCGAUCUUGCGCCAAAUGUGGCUCAAUUUUUAUAUUAGGCAUCAAUUCAAAAAAUAUUUGUCCAUUUUGUCAUCGAGGAUACUGCAAAAAUUGCUUUCUCCAACAAAUCCCGCACCCUGAGACUAAUGAAAUGACUGGGAUAUGUGACGAAUGCAACAAAACCUAUAUAAAAGCUCAAGUAAAUGACCAAUUUGACAGCUUACUUGUAGAGCUGAAAGAAGAAGUAAAAGAUCUGAGGGAAAAAUACAAUGAAGAAGUAUCGAAAACUAAAACAGAAAUUGAGAUAAAGCGAGCUACAAAAGAACAAUAUAGAAUAAUGCUGGAAGAAAAAAAUCGAAAAGACCAAGAAAUGGUGAAUUUUUUGGAAAAAUUCAGAGAAGCUAACAUAAACUUGGAUUUACAGGGCACUCAUCAGCUUACCUAAAGAGAAAUUAAGCUUGUUUUUUUACUAUAUAAAUGAAUUUUUUUAAAAAUUUUAUAAAAACUAAUUAAAAAAAUGAUAGUCUUUUUUUAAGGAAAAAAUGCACCGAAUCUGCUUUAUCCAUUUACAAUAUACAGAAUUAAAUGAAAAAAUUGAAGAAAUGCUGGAAAGUUCGAAUGAAAAGGACAUUAUGAUGAAUAAAUUGAGAGAAGAAGCUGACGAUGUACAGAUGAAAAGUAUGAAAUGCUUGGAAACGGCUGAUGAGCUCUGUGGAAUGAUAGAAGAGCAAAAAGAAGAAAACGAAAAAGUUAGGGGAGAAGUAAAAAGGGUAGAAGAAUUUAAGCAGAAUAAUGAUAUCCACAAUAACCUAGAAGGGCUGACUGAAGAAGAACUAGCAAAUAUGAUAAAUGGGCUAAGGGAAAACACUGAAAAAGCCAAAAAAGAGAAAAAAAUUCUUUAUAAGAGAACCGUAGAGCUUAGAAACGAGGAAAAUUUAAAUGAUAAAAUUAUUGCAAUUUUAGAAAAAAAUGUUGAAAUUUUUGGGGUGAAAAAAGAAACAUGCAAAAAUGCGGUGGAAAUUAAACUGCAAAUAAAAGAGCAAAUGAAAGAAAUAGCGAAGCUGAGAGAUGAGUUGAGAGAAAAUGUAAAAAAGCAGAAGAGGAAGAGCAUAGUGUCAAAAGAGUGUAAGGAUGACCCUAUCGUACAAACUAGGAAAGGAAAGUGCAUUUAA